AUGGCAUAUGGCAUCAUGGGCUCUUUGCCUGACUCCCGUCUCCUGACUUACCGCACUGAACGCAGGGUCGGAUUUUUGUAUUUCGACGGGAUGUCUGCGAAUUUGAUGAGCAACGGGGUCGAGUCUCAGAUGACGUUUCUCUAUGGCGACAGUGACAGUGUGCCCAAGCACCCGCAUGGCCCUCCAGGGAGACCACCGAGGCCACCAAACAAACCACCGGGUACUUUGAAUGAAGGUAGAGCCGAAGAGUGGAACCCGCUUGAUGACGAGUAUUUCCGAGCCAAAGGGCUCUGUAGCUGGAUCGAGAAACACAACUUGGGUGGCCUUGGAUGGGGCAUCGAGGCUAUUGUACGGAUGAAUGCAGGUUUUGAGCUCAUAUGGUGCGAUUUUGGGUCGCCAUCCCUCAAACUUGUCUCAAAUAUCAACAUAUCGACCCCUCAGCUGGAGGAUCUUCCGUCAAGGGACCUUAUAUGGGACGACAUGCAGAUGCCACUGACUAGGUCAGACACACCAGAAGGCCCUCAUGGUCCAGGCAUGACUGACCCCAGCGAGGCCUUCCGGGGAGUCGCAAAUUGGAUGUGGUUCACCGCGGCGACAAGGCGUUAUGGGUCGCUGGGCACAAUUGGGACCGGACCAGGAAGGGGAGAGGCUCGUGCCAAAGUGAACACGUGCGGUCUGUUCACUUUUUACCAUCCCAGUCUUCAAGGGCAGGAUGCUGCCCGUAUCGAGUCGGAAAGAAGAGCCUUGAAUAUCUCUGCUGAUGGAAAAUGGGAUGCGCCUAUUGACGAGAACGCCAGGAAGCAUGCGCUGGAACAACUUAUGAGGCGAAGACGAUUUCAUCGGACCAACAACGUGACUGAAGAUGAUGGUGUGCACAUGCGUGCCAUGGUUGAAAAUGGCUUGCGUGCGAUCACUGAACGCGAUCAAGCCAUCCAGGCAACAAGUUGCAGCGGCGUUGACUGGCAACUCACUGCAGAGGAGAUUGUCAUAUUCUACGGCGACAAUCUGCGGACGCUACGUGACUUGCUCGCUGGGAUCUCCGGUCAAUCGCAGCGUGACUGGCUGCGAUCGGUACGAUUUUUGACACACUGGUUGAUCAUGUCGUUUUCCGAAUAUCCGCCGAAACCGUACACCGAAGACAGUCUUCGCGAUUACUUUUCCAUGGACUCACCAGCGGUAGUAGACGCUGUUUCAAGAUGCACCAGUCAGUAUGAUAUCGACGAGAAGGAUCAUUUGAAUGAAGGAGAGCAACAUCUCUCUUGGGCUGUUAGGGAGACACUGCAUGGCAUAUGUCAUUCCACCCUCGAGAUUGGCCUGGGAGUUGAAAUGCAAUGGCUUUUGUAUUUCAACAAAAAUGAAGCACGCGUUACAUUGGACUUGGAAAGUUCUCGGCGUCAUUGGAAGGCGGUAGUGGAGGACUUAAUGGCGUGGUUGGGAUGGGCAGAUCUUUGGACUGGAUGCAAAGGGCCCUGCAAACCUGACGAGCGUUGCUAUAUUCCCAUGUGGCCGACAAUUAACAAUGGUAUGUGGGAACAUGGCCCACGCGAAGAAGAACAUGAUAGAAGAAGACCCUGGGGGAAUGGGGACCAGUAUCUUUGGGAGCCUACGUGUGUCAAUAUUUCUUCUUUUGGUUCAAUGAAGAUGUGA